AGUGAAUUCAUUUUGCUCCCAUGAGUCAGCAUGAGAAAUAUAUACAGUAAUCGAGUUUGCAUCAGCGAUGCUGAUACAAGCCUUUUUAGGAUCAAAUGGAAUUGAAUGCGGUAGCGGCAAUUUGGAAGAUGUGCCCUUAGAUAGGGUAUCUUUCAAUGCUCCCGAAUAUGAGACCGUAGCGAAGCAAGGCCAAAAAAUGAAGGAGCCAACCGGUUUGAAAGAGCGUGUAGCCUUUGACUCGUCGGCUCCCAAUGAUCUGAAGCUCAUUUCGCAUUUUGCAUCUCUUUUGGCCGUUUCACGGCUCACAGUUGGAUAAGUCCUGGUGCAGAUCUUGCCACCUUAUGUGACGGUCAUACAAGGCAACAAGCGUGGAUCUUGCCGUGCCUUGUCAUCUUCCAAAUGGCCGCUGCAUUUGGUCUUGCCCAUCCAUCGGAGACAAAAGGAUCUCCGGUACCAGGCCGUCUCUUGUCAUCCCUUUGCUCUGAAGGUUCCCGCAUGCCAACGCGCCCUCAUACUUACAGCGAAGGAACCCAAAGUACAAGCACUGGAUCAAUGCCCGCCGUGACUCCUUCCAGCUCCGAGUGGGAAUCACUCCUUGAUGAGGCUCAUGAACCUUCUCAAGAGGCGUUGAACUCGAUCGUGGACAUGCUCAAUGCGCAGAAGGCACGCUUGUUGCAGGAAAAUCACAUGCUCUCGCUUGAAUCGGAAAUUGUGCGUUUGUCGAAGGAAAAUGAAGCGCUCCGCGCCAGUGUCGAGGCUGCCUACGUCUACAAUCCCAUGCCAUUGAACCCUAUGGUCCUUCCAGCUCCAGUUCUGAUGCCAAUGGAGUUUCAAGGUGUGGAUUCUGCUUUGCCUGCGCCUUGGAAUGACACGGAGGAGGCAGACCUGGAUGGCGAAGUAAAGCCCCAGACAUCACCCAAAGCAAAGGCUGCACCUGGCAUCAGACGAGUUGGCAAGCUGGAGCCAAAGGAGGCUGCUCCAUUUGUAGCUGAUCCAGAGGGCCGUACAACAGUGAUGUUGAGAAAUUUGCCGAACAACUACACCCGUGAUAUGCUUUUGGAGCUCAUCGACAGCCUUGGCUUUCGGGGUCAAUACGGCUUUGGCCACUUUGUGUUUACCUCGGGCGGGAGGAUUUCUUGUACUUGCCCAUUGACUUCCAGACCCAAGCUUGCUUGGGUUAUGCUUUUGUCAAUCUGGUGGAUCCAGGUGUCGUGCCUGCCUUUUGGAGGGCGUUUGAUGGCUUCAGCAACUGGAGUUUGCCAAGUCGGAAGGUGUGUUACAUCAGCUGGAGUGGCCCACAUCAAGGAUUGGAAGCACACAUCGAUCGCCACCGCAACAGCCCCGUCAUGCAUCCAGACGCAUGGAGCCGAGCGUGCAAUUUGAACCAUGGAUUUCACGUGUUUGACAGGUGCAUGAGUAUAUGCGACAAAUGGACAAUUUGAGCAUUGGGAGGUUGGGGACGAGUGCAAGCCCCUGAUCUUCAAAGAUGGUAUGCGUGUGGUCUUUCCGGCACCGACGAAGUCUGUUCGUCCUCCACGGGUUCGCAAGCGCACUGAAAGUAACCAAAGCUCACGGCCAAAUCCGAAGAAUCAAGCAGAAAAGGUAGCCUUCCGCAGUCUGUGAGGACCAUGGGGACUGCAGAACGAUCGGUGCCACGCACCAGAAGAUAGGGAAGGCGAAGGCGAACCAUCCAUUUUAG